CUCCAAUGGCUGUCCCAUUAUCAUCUUUCUCUCUUUCAAAGCACACUUUGUCCUCCUCUUCAAUCCCUGCUUCUAACCCUUCAUUGGAUCCCUCUAAAGCUUCAGUCCUGAGAACCCAAAAUGUCCUUGGUUCCAAGGGUAAUUCAGAAGGAAUUGAGCAAACCCAGUUGAGAUUGUGUGGGGCUAAUUUGAAGAGAGUGUAUAGUUUAUGCAAUGACUCCUACCAGCAACCUUUGGAAUUGAGCUUAAGAGACAAAGAUAAGCAUGUCUUUGUUUCGAUACAAGUUAUCUGCCAUGUACUUGAUUAGGUGGUGGCAUAUUUGCUUAUUCUUCUACAAUGGUUUGCAAUGUUUUCAGGACAAAUUCAGAUUUGAAAUUACAGGCUUCCAUGGAGCCUGCUGGAGUGACUAAGGAACUUAAAAGUGACAAGUCAGAGCGCAUGGCGGGAGUUGAACAUGUUGAUUUAUUCAAUGAGAUGAAACAACGGUUUUUGAGCUUUAAGAAGCAUAAAUACAUGAAAGACUUGGAACACUAUGAAAAGCUUGCCAAGGGACAAGCACCCAAGUUUAUGGUGAUUGCUUGUGCAGACUCAAGGGUUUGCCCUUCGUCCAUCUUAGGAUUCCAGCCUGGUGAAGCUUUUGUCGUUCGCAACGUUGCAAACAUGGUGCCACCAUAUGAGAAUGGACCAUCUGAAACAAAUGCGGCCUUAGAGUUUGCUGUAAAUUCUCUUAAAGUUGAAAACAUUUUAGUAAUUGGUCACAGUCGUUGUGGAGGUAUCCGCGCCCUAAUGAGUAUGCAUGAUGAUGUAGAACCAAGUAGCCUCAUUGGAAGUUGGGUUUCUGUGGGGAUGGAUGCAAGAGUAAAAACAAAAGCUGCCGCUCAUUUUCUGAACUUUGAUCAGCAGUGCAAACAUUGUGAGAAGGAAUCAGUCAAUUGUUCAUUGGUAAACCUCCUCAGUUACCCUUGGGUAGAAGAAAAAGUGAGGAAUGGAGAACUCAAUAUUCAUGGUGGCUAUUACGACUUCGUUGACUGUUCAUUUGAGAAAUGGACACUGUACAAGGAAAACAAUAUGAAGGACAAAAGUGGGAAAGUUUCAGUAAAAGACCGGGCAUUUUGGUUCUGAAACUGUGCUGCUGAUUUAUCUGUAUAAUUUGUUGUUGUUUUCAUUGUCAUUGUUCUCGUUCGUGAAGUCUUCUUGCAUUUUGUGCUUUGUUUAUCCAUGCACAUGAAGACAAUCAGAAAAAUAACGUUAUUCCCUCGAGCUCCUGGGAUUAACUACCAAGUAAUGUAAGUGCUGUUGUAAUUAUAGACACAUUUGAUGUCAUAAUCUGUAAUACGUUGUACGACACGACAUUUCAUAGUUGAUAAAGCAGUAUUGUUUAUUAAUCUGGCA